AUUUGGUUUAUGCAGUUCUUACAAUUUUCUGAAUGAACAAAAUACGAAAUGGAGGGUUUUCUUGUUUUUUGAAAACAACAAACCUUGAGUUUAAGGUUUGCUAUUUAGUGAUUUUGUUACUUUUGUGCAAAACCAAUAGUGAUAGAGUAUUUUUUUUCCCUAUCCUAAUAGAAAUACUGAUUUACCGCUUGUAAAGACCCAACAAAAUAUAACCUAAAAAAUGCAGCAAAAAUUUAAACCCCAUUUCAAAAAGUAUAUUUAUUAAACUUUUCAGCAACUUAAUAGUUGGGCAUAAGUAAACCAAAGUUUGUCCAAAAGCAAGUUUCUCAGAAGACAUUUCCAAAAGUCGUUUCUCCAACAUGUACAUCACUUCUUACAAACAAAGGUAUGCAACCAAGAGAAACCACUAACUAAGCAAAACAAUACCAAAAAUCCUGAUGCAUGUUCGAACAAGCGUUUUUGAAAUCUCAAAUCCUAUCAAAAACUUGGAAAUACCAAGACGUCCAUAGUCCAUCAUGCCCAGUCAAUAUAUAACAUAAACUCAUAGUGAAUCCGCACCUCGAAAAUCCCAGAACAUGUAUAUGCAAACUCACUAAUUCCACAAUUCCAUCCAUAAUCCAUCAUAAUCUUUAAUCCAAAUAAACGGUAAUAGCCUGAGGUUUUAGCUAACAAAACUAUAACAUACUCAAACAAAAACAAUACCUGCGCUGAUUAAAAACAACCUUCCUUUAUUGGUAAUAAUAAUAAUAAGAAGAAGAAAGACAAACGUAGUGGGACCCAUCUAGACACGUGGAAGAAGAAGCAAAAGUAACGGUGAGCGAGUAGAACAUACACAUAUAUAAACAUGCAUUAAGUUGUGAAGUGGUGCCAACUUUUCUUCCCAAAACUUAAUUACGACUCUCUCAAAUCUCCAUUCAUAUACCCUUUAUCUGUUUUUAUAUAUAUAUAUAUAUUCCUUUUCUGUCUAUAUAUAAACUGUGAUAUAUAGAAUAUAGAAUAGUAAUGGAGAAUAAAAGGGUGAUGAUUUUGAUGAUGGUGAUGAUAUUAAUAACUAAAUUUGGUUGUGGAAAAGCUGAAUUACAUUACGUUGGAGGAGGAAAGAGUAAUUGGGCUCCCAACAUCAACUUCUCCCAUUGGUCUUCUCAACAGACCUUUCACUUGGGUGAUUGGCUAUAUUUUGGAUAUAACAAGUACCAAUUCAAUGUGCUGGAGGUAAACGAAACAAGCUAUGAAAAAUGCAUUGAAAAAGAUUUUAUAAAGAACAUAACAAAGGGAGGACGAGAUGUGUUUCAGCUGACUGAGCCUAAAACCUACUACUUUCUCUCCGGUGGAGGCUACUGCUUCGGUGGAAUGAAAGUCGCCAUUCAUGUCGUCCACGGUGGCCCCCCUCCUACUCCCGCGCCCCUUGCCCCCGCUACUAAUCGCUCCUCAAUGGCGGCGGUUCCUUCCAUUACCGGCCAUGUCAUCACUCCUCUUCUGCUAAUUCUUAUUCUCACUUCACCUUUCCUCUAUGUGGACUUUCUUCAUUAUAUAUUUUAGUUAAUUGAUAUUUUGCUUCUUCUUAAUAUUUGUGAUUUGAUGUAAUUUCAUCUUUAUUAUUUUAGAGAGAGAUAUGGCUUUUGUUAUAUAUCUUAUGGUUAAUUUAUUUUCAUUAUUGAAA